AAUAUCUGGUUGGUUUCAGCUUUCACUUUCAUUCUGAGUCAAACUGCUGUUAUUCUAAAGAGCAAAGCCAAAAAUAGGAAACAAGGACUUGGAGGGAGACUCUCACAGUGAAAGGGGAAAAAGAAACUGGAUUAAAGAGCAGACAGUUACUUUCAGUUUCCUUCUGAGACUGCAGCAGAGGAGCGAUAUUAACACAGAAGGGGUGAGGCUGCACAUACAGAGAAGCCUUGGACACUGACCGACUUAUAAUGGAAGGACGCGUUAAGAUGCCACACCCUGUCUGCCUCAUUGAAAAUGAGAAUACCCCAGAGGGGUAUAAACUCGUCAUCAACCAAAAAGCAGCGCAGAUCCUGCAGGACAUCACUGAGCCGGUCGUUGUUGUGGCGAUCGUCGGGAAAUAUCGAACGGGAAAGUCUUAUUUGAUGAACAAACUGGCUGGAAGUGAUAAUGGAUUUGCUCUGGGGUCCACCAUCCAGUCCAAGACCAAGGGCAUCUGGAUGUGGUGUGUUCCUCACCCUGUUAAACCUGGUCACACCCUGGUACUGCUGGACACUGAGGGACUGGGGGAUAUAGAAAAGGGAGAUGAGAAGAAUGAUUCCUGGAUCUUCUCACUGGCAGUUCUCCUAAGCAGUACUCUGGUGUACAACAGUGUCGGCACCAUUGACCAAGACAGCUUGGAUAAGCUUCAUUACGUAACAGAGCUGACGGAGCGGAUAAAGCUAAAAGCUAAGGCUACCGCUGAUGAUGAUGAGUCUGCGGAGUUCAAGCGAACCUUCCCAUCCUUCAUAUGGUGUGUCCGAGACUUCACUUUGAAGCUGGAGCAGGAAGGGAAACAAAUUACCGAGGAUGAAUAUCUACAAAAUGGUCUCAAGCUCAAGUCAGGUCUUAGCAACGCAAUAAUGUUGUACAACUUCCCCCGGGAAUGUAUCACUCAUUUUUUUAACUCCCAUAAAUGCUUUGUGUUUGAGCGCCCAGCAUCUACAGCAGACCUCCAACGUCUGGAAGAACUUUCAGAGUCACAGCUUGAACCCAACUUUGUAAAACAGACACACACAUUUUGUAACUUUGUGUUCAAGAACAGCCAGACAAAGACAUUGGCAGGAAGACAUUGUGUAACUGGGAGAAUGUUGGGGAACUUGGCUGUUACAUACGUGGAGUCUAUCCGGAGUGGCUCAGUCCCCUGCAUGGAGAAUGCUGUUCUGGCUCUUGCCCAAAUUGAGAAUACAGUUGCCAUUCAGGAUGCGCUGUCUGUCUACGAGGCUGAGAUGAGGCAGGCAGAAAGCACUUUUCCUACGGAGACACAAGAUGAGUUCCUGGAAAAGCAAACGCAAUGCGAGAGUAGGGCAGUGAAGGUUUUUAUGGGGAGGUCUUUCAAGGAUGAUAAAAGAGAGUACCAGGGCCAGCUCAUGAGGGACCUGCACCAUAAAAAUGAAGAUUUUGCUAAACGCAAUGAAGAAGCAUCGAUACGCAAGUGUCAGGAUUUACUCCAGGUCCUAAGUGCCAGUCUGGAGAAAGGAAUUGCGGAUGGAGAGUUCUGCAAACCUGGAGGCCACAAACGAUUUGUGCAGGAGAAACAGAAGAUAACGGAAACCUAUAACAAUAGCCCCAAGAAAGGGAUAAAGGCUGCAGUGGUUUUGCAACAGUUUGUUGAAGGAAAGAAGCACAUUGAGACGGCUGUCCUGCAGGCUGACGAGUCUCUGACAAAACGAGACAUAGAAGCGCAAGAGGAAAGAAUAAAAAAGGAAGCAGUGGAGAGGAAACUUCAGGAGGAGAAGGAGAAUGCCGUGCAACUGAUGCGAACGAAAGAGGAGCAGAAUCGGAGACUGGAGAAACAGGCCGUAAUGCUGAAGGAAAAAAUGGAAGAAGAACGGGAGAAGUUCCUGAAGGAAAAUCAGUGGAUGAUAGAUGAGAAAAUGAAGGAAAGAGAGAAGUUGGCCCAGGAAGGCUUCCAUAACAAGGCCGGGAUGCUGGAUGAACAGAUGAAAGGCCUACAGCAUCAGAAUGAAGAGAUCUCUAAAGACACCUGGAUCAAGAAUGGAGUUGGGGUUCUCCUAGAUGUGGCAACACUGUUUCUACCAGGGGUCUACGGCAAAGUAGCAAACAUCGCAUCCAACUUGUUUUUUUAGACUAUUCUGAAGCCUCGUUGUUUGAUAAACUUACUAUUGGGAGCAGAUUUAUCAAAGGUCGAACUUUCGAGUUUUUGUUUUUUAACAAAUCCAAACAUCUUCACAACUCGAAUGAACAUUACCGACCCCAAAACUCUAAUCGAAUUCGACUAAACUCAAAUUGAGUUUUUUUCUCCAAAAUUUGUCAAAUUCGAGUUGUUCCCAGAUAAAUCUGGAAAUUUGAAUUGGAGUUUGGAUUAUUCCCAACUCGAAUAUUGCGAGUUUUGACUAAAAAUCGAAAACUGGAAUUCUAGUUUACAAUUUGACCCUCAAUAAAUCUGCCCCUUAAUGCUAAAAGGAGAAGGUUAAUUUAGAAACACAUAUCCACAGACUUAUUGGUAACAUUUAUUCUUUGUCAUAGCCACGCCUACUUGUAUUCAUUCAGUUUAUACGGACACAAGCUCUGCUUAUAAUGCAACAGUGCAAUGUAUCACUGGGACCUCUACUAACAUGAAUGCUACCUCCUAAUGCUUCUCUGAUACCUCAAAUGCAUGAAAUGUACUUAAAAUAAACCCCUCCAAACAAAAUGAAUAAAAAAAAUACAAAAA